CUUGUCGUGAAGAAAUAUUGAUUUGUCACUGAUUGGAAGGCACUCAGGGAGUCAAGAACUAGAGAAGAUUGUCUGUUGCGCAAGGUCGCCAAAGUCAUAAUGUGGAAGUGGCUUGUUUGCUUGGUGAUUCUUUUUCACUGUGCAGCUUCUGUUGAAGGUGGAAGCUGCGUUCCUGGUCAGAAAAAGUUUGACGAAUGCAAACGAUUAUGCGUCUGUUCUGAAGACGGCACCUUGACUCAAUGUACUCGCAAGAGGAAGGAAUUCACCAGUAUGUCAGACGCAGAACGUAGUCUAUAUAUCCAAACAUUAAAGACUGUCUCAACUAAUGAAAUAUAUAAGAAAGAGUACGACGACCUGAUCACUCUCCACAUAAGGCAUUUCAUGAGUGGAAUUCAUAACAUGAAACACUUUCUCACUUGGCACCGUUGGUACCUUCUACAGUAUGAAAACUUACUAAGAAAGGUAGAUUGCACAGUCACAGUGUCUUAUUGGGACUGGAGUAUUACUUCUGGGGAACCCUGGGGAAGUGAAACCGACGAUCUUUGGUACGCAGGCAGCACUGGUUUUGGAGGAGAUGGUGAUCCAACCAAUAAUUACUGUGUAAGCGAUGGUCCUUUUGCUGAAGGCUCAUGGCAACUUGUUCCUGCUGCAAACCCUGGUUGCCAGAGAAGAAGCUUUUAUGGCAAUCCUCCUGACAGUGUUGCUGUUGCUGAACUUCUAGACAUCACUGCAGGAAAUUUUACAGAUUUUGAAGUGUCUUUGAGAAUUAACUUUCAUGAUACUGUUCACUGUUUGAUUGGUGGAACGAUGUGCUCACUUGAUUCAUCUUGUGCUCCUGAAUUCAUCCUACAUCAUGCCUUUAUUGACAAGAUCUGGGCAGACUGGCAGGAAAAGAGCCAUGAACACAAGACAGUGUAUUUCAGCUCGAUCACCGAUCCUCUCCCAGCGACCUAUGGUGUGAUGCCUUUAGAGGUAAUCGACAACAAUGCCUUACCAGGUGGUGUAAGAGUGGAUUAUCUUGAUGUCAACGACACUGAAACUGAAACUUUUGUAAAAAGAAUAAGAAAACUCAAACCAGAGCGGCUACAGGAGAUACCUCGUCCCGAUUUUGACGCCAUCAACGAGGAAUCCCUGAAGCUUUUCCAUGUGAGUGUGGACGAGGUUGAACGAGCAAAACGAAAAGAAAAGAGAUUCAGACCAAAGAUCAAGAAAGACAGAAAUACGCUGACAACCCGCAAGGGAAAGAGGAUUGGCCUCGAAGAACCCGACUUGGAAAUAGCAGAAAGCGGGCAGGGAAAGUAGAGGAUCAUUUAAAAAUAGAUUGAAAAACAACUCCAAGUAAAAUCGUUAAAUAAAAAGUCAUUAGAAUAAAGAAAUGCCCUUUAAA